GACGGGGGCUCCCACACACUGGGACCCACCUCCAAACCACUGGUAGAAACAGAGGUCUCUCACUCUGGGCCCUCCAGCCCACCGCACACCUUCACGGUGAUUCUAGCUCCCCACCUGCCCCGCCCAUCCCACUCCAGCUCCCCCAGCAGAGAGAGGGACAGGCUCCUGGGACUCAAAUGAGGACAUUUGGGCAUACAAUGCCCGCUCUCCCGCGACCGCCCACAAACCCCUUGUCCCCAGCCUCCCUGCUGGCUCCAACUUGCCUUUUCUAACUUCAGCACCUCCCACGACUGAAGUGUGUACAAGGAAGACAGUCAAGCUCUACCUGCGUCCAUUUUCCCUCCUUUGGCGCCUGACAACGAUGAGAAGGAACCCAGGACUCUGAGAGCCCACUUCCUCCCACCUGGCGCCCCCGCAGCGCUCCAAGCCACCUCCCUCCAUCGCAAAGUCCUUCGGGCUUGUCCUUGGAGACCCAGGAGGGAGCCCGGGCCCAGGCCUCCAGAUUCCAGAACCCAUCCUGGAGCAGCCUUGGGGGACCUGAGCGUCAAGGCCCCAUUCCCCCUUCCAGAGAUGAGCUGUCUAGAACAAGGAGAGAACACUUCAUGGCCAUCGCCGGCCAUGACCGCAGGCUCAGAAAGAAGCCAUGAGAAACAGGGGGCCAAGGCCUCCAGGUGGACAAGGCAGGAGGCUGUGGCGGAAGGGGAGCUGCCGGGUCUGGGGGAAGAUCCCCAGGCCAAGCCACCUGCUGAGUACGCCGGACUGGAGGCCACGUUCCCCAAGGCCACACACGUGUCCCAGGCUGCUCCUUUGGCCAAAGUGGACGCCCCACCAACAGAGUGGGACAUCUUCCCCCCUAACCACGAAGCCUCGGCCGCUGGCUCCAGCACAGAUGAGCUGGAGCUGGACAUAGGGUUCCCGGCCACAGCAUCGUGGGGGUAUGAGCUCGGCCUGGUGGAAGAGAGGCCUGCCCUGUGCCCGUCCCCACGGGCCCUGUUACCCAGGCUGGGCUGGGACGACGAACUGCAGAAGCCGGGGGCCCAGAUCUACAUGCACUUCAUGCAGGAGCACACCUGCUACGACGCCAUGGCAACCAGUUCCAAGCUGGUCAUCUUCGACACCACGCUGGAGAUCAAGAAGGCCUUCUUUGCCCUAGUGGCCAACGGCAUCCGGGCGGCACCGCUGUGGGACAGCAAGAAGCAGAGCUUCGUGGGGAUGCUGACCAUCACAGACUUCAUCUUGGUGCUGCAUCGCUAUUACAGGUCCCCGCUGGUCCAGAUCUAUGAGAUUGAAGAACAUAAGAUUGAGACCUGGAGAGAGAUCUACCUUCAAGGCUGCUUCAAGCCUCUGGUCUCCAUUUCUCCCAGCAGCAGCCUGUUCGAAGCCGUCUACACCCUCAUCAAGAACCGGAUCCACCGUCUGCCGGUCCUGGACCCGGUCUCAGGCGCCGUGCUCCACAUCCUCACACACAAGCGACUGCUCAAGUUCCUGCACAUCUUUGGCUCCCUGCUGCCCCAGCCCUCCUUCCUCUCCCGCACCAUCCAAGAUCUGGGCAUCGGCACAUUCCGAGACUUGGCCGUGGUGCUGGACACGGCGCCCAUCCUGACGGCCCUGGACAUCUUUGUGGACCGGCGCGUGUCUGCGCUGCCUGUGGUCAACGAAGCUGGACAAGUCGUGGGCCUCUACUCCCGCUUCGAUGUGAUUCACCUGGCUGCCCAGCAAACCUACAACCACCUGGACAUGAGUGUGGGCGAAGCCCUGAAGCAGAGGACACUGUGUCUGGAAGGAGUCCUUUCCUGCCAGCCCCAUGAGAGCUUGGGGGAAGUCAUCGACCGGAUUGCCCGGGAGCAGGUACACCGGCUGGUGCUAGUGGACGAGACCCAGCAUCUCCUGGGCGUGGUGUCCCUCUCCGACAUCCUUCAGGCACUGGUGCUCAGCCCUGCUGGCAUCGAUGCCCUCGGUGCCUGAGAAUAUCUGAGUCCUCACUCCCAG